AUGGCGGACGAGGAGCGCGCUGGCGGCGGCCCUAGCGGGGCGUCGGCGGCCGAGGCGUCGGCGGGGGGCGAGGGCCCCCGCUGCAACGUGCUGGGCUGGGAGCAAGUGCAGCGCCUGGACCGCCUCCUGAGCGAGACGAUCCCGAUCCACGGGCGGGGCAACUUCCCCACGCUGGGGAUGCGGCCGCGGCGGAUCGUCGAGGCGGUGCGGCGGCGCCUGGAGGGGAGGCGCAUCGGCGUGCGCGACGUGCGCCUCAACGGCUCGGCCGCCAGCCACGUCCUGCACCAGGACAGCGGCCUGGGCUACAAGGACCUGGACCUCAUCUUCUGCGCCGACCUGAAGGGCGAGGCCGAGUUCCAGACGGUCAAGGACGUCGUCCUGGACUGCCUCUUGGAUUUCUUGCCCGAAGGCGUGAACAAGGAGAAGAUCACCCCCCUCACCCUGAAGGAAGCCUACGUGCAGAAAAUGGUGAAAGUCUGCAACGAUUCAGACCGGUGGAGUCUCAUCUCCCUAUCCAACAACAGCGGCAAAAAUGUGGAGCUGAAAUUCGUGGACUCUCUGAGGAGGCAGUUCGAGUUCAGUGUAGACUCCUUCCAAAUCAAGCUAGACUCCCUCCUUCUUUUUUAUGAAUGUUCCGAGAACCCGAUGACUGAAACUUUCCACCCCACUAUCAUUGGGGAGAGUGUCUAUGGGGAUUUCCAAGAAGCCUUUGAUCACCUUUGCAACAAGAUAAUUGCUACCCGGAAUCCAGAAGAAAUCAGGGGAGGAGGCCUCCUUAAGUACUGCAACCUCCUCGUAAGGGGCUUCCGGGCUGCUUCAGAAUCGGAGAUUAAGUCCCUCCAGAGAUACAUGUGCUCCAGGUUUUUCAUUGACUUCUCAGACAUUGGAGAGCAGCAGCGCAAACUGGAGUCGUACUUGCAGAACCACUUUGUAGGGCUGGAGGACCGCAAGUACGACUACCUCAUGACUCUUCACGGUGUGGUGAACGAGAGCACGGUGUGCCUGAUGGGGCACGAGAGGCGGCAGACUUUGAAUCUUAUCACCAUGCUGGCCAUCCGUGUCCUGGCUGAGCAAAAUAUCAUCCCGAACGUGGCCAAUGUCACUUGCUACUACCAGCCGGCCCCAUAUGUAGCAGAUGCUAACUUCAGCAAUUACUAUAUUGCCCAGGUUCAGCCGAUGUUCCCCUGUCAGCAACACACAUACUCGACUUGGUUGCCCUGUAAUUAACAUCUGUUUUAAUAGACUUGAUGGGAAAAGUAUAUAUUUUUUUUCUAUCAGGCAACUAAAGCGGAAGGACGGCACUCUCCU